AUGCACAAUGUUGUGAGACAAGCCGUGAAGUAUGGUCUCAUUCCUGGACAACCUGGAGCUGUACACAUGGGACUACUGAAAUGGAACACGGGAUUGGAAAUGAAAGCACAAAAUUUCUCUGAUCAAUGCAAAUUAGGACAUGAUAAGGAAAGUGAACGGAAAAUAGGGAAUUUUACAUAUGUCGGACAGAAUCGGGCUCUUACACCUACAGUAUUAGUUGGAUUCAAAAUGUGGUUCAAUGAAUUCCAGAAUUAUAACUACAGCUCAAACACUUGUCCCAAGGGUCAGUGUACCCAUUAUACUCAGCUCGUUUGGGAAGAGACCACCGACUUUGGUUGUGGUGUUACAGUAUGCAAAAAUAUGACGCCUAGUCUAAAUGUCGUGUGCAAUUACGGUCCUGGAGGCAAUAUAAGGGGAUUUAAACCGUACAGAACUGCGUGA